AUGUCCAAGCCCCGCCACACUUCCUACAGGGGAGAUACCGUUGGAACACUACUACUUGUAUUGCUCUUGGCAAGCACAGUCAGUGUUGUGGUGGCACAACAACAAUGUAACGGCGAUUUGUUUUCUUGCCCAGACGGAUCGCUUGUGGGCCGUGUUCCACCGGAAUGCGAUUUCUCCCCUUGUGGUGGUGGAGUUCAGUGUAAUAACGAUAUCUUCAGGUGUCCAGGAGGCGUCGAGGUUGUUCGCCAACCGCCCACGUGCGAGUUUGAAGACUGUCCAGGCUGCCCAGAUGAUUCAUUUGUGUGUGUUGACGGAACUGAGUUGUUUCGGGAUCCUACGCUGGAUUGCCAGUUUCCACCGUGCCCACCUCAACAAUGUGCUCAAGACAUAUUCACAUGCGAUGACGAUACAGAGCUGGUGCGGGAUCCGGAUCUGAAUUGUGAAUUCCCACCAUGCCCUACCCCGGUCUGCCCCUUAGACUCGUUUACCUGUGAUGACGGCACAGAACUUAUUCGAGAUCCUGACUUGGAUUGUGAAUUUCCAGAAUGCCCUACCCCGGUCUGCCCCUUAGACUCGUUUACCUGUGAUGAUGGCACAGAACUUAUUCGAGAUCCUGACUUGGAUUGUGAAUUUCCGGAAUGCCCCACCCCAGCAUGCCCCCAAGACAUAAAAGUGUGCCCCGAUGGUACCGAGCUCACCCGAACUGAACCUGACUGUCAGUUCCCAGACUGCCCGCCACCUGCAUGCCCCGCAGACACCAUUACCUGCCCGGGUGGAGAUGUGAUUAUUCGAAUUCCUCCGGAAUGCAAUUUCCCUGAUUGUCCACCUGUUACCUGCAACCAAGACCUUAUCCAAUGUCCUGAUGGCUCCUUUGUUUCGAGAGUGCCACCGACCUGCGAAUUUGAAGACUGCCCAGAAAUUGAAACAUGUGACACUGACGUCAAAGAGUGCUUUAAUGGAACUUUCGUGUCUCGGGUCCCACCCGAAUGCAACUUUCCUCCCUGCCCCCCACUUGUUUGCCCAGCAGAUGUCCUGGAAUGCAGCGAUGGGUCUGUGGUUUCACGUGACCCUAGUUUGGACUGCGAGUUUCCUCCUUGCCCCAAACCCGACGUUUGCACUCAAGAUGUCAAGCAGUGCCCUAACGGAGUCUUCUUGUCGAGGGAUCCAAAUCUUAAUUGUGCGUUCCCGCCAUGUCCAAUGACCGAAUACUUCAUGUUAGCUGCGGCAAGCGAUGGGUGCAUUGGGAGGCGUGAUUUCAUGGCCGGCUCUGAGCUACUCCUUAAGGAAUGCAGCUUUGACGAUGAUGCUGUUUUAUGGCGGCAAGACCUGGAAGGUCGGUUUCACAGCAAAUCUGACGACAGCAUGUGUAUUCAGGCUGGUCAAGUGCCUGAGAUUUCGACGGGCGUUGACGGACUAAUGUCUGGGAAUUCGAUGUAUCUGAAGCCAUGCAACCAGAACUUGAAGAUGGAACUUCAGGUGUUUGACGAAUCAUGGACAGUUGCAGGAAUGUCGGGUCCCUUGUUCUUGCGCGCUCGUGAAGAUCUCUGCGUCGUCCACUUUGGUGCUAUACCCGAGAUUGGAGAAGACCGCAUCAUGCUACUGUCGUGCAAUCAGCUUGGAGGAGACCGAGCACUGGGCUGGACAGCACUUUACCCCAACUACAACUAUGUAACCCUUCGCGCUGCCGGUGGAGGGUGCCUUGCUCGCAAGGGUCGGGGAACUGGUGGUGACCUCUUUCUUGACUCCUGUUCCUCCGACGAUUUCAAUCUUCAAUGGAGGCUAGAUAUGGAAGGCAGAUUUCGCAGUAGACUUGAUGACUCUGAAUGCAUGCAAGCAGCUCAAUACCCUGCUCUCAUGCUGGGCCCAGACGCCUUGGGGCAAGGAACACCAAUGUAUGCCAAGGGCUGCAAUGGCCCAUUGAAACCACCGUUCCAGAUAAUGGCUAUCCCCACACUGCCUGCGACUCAAGGGCACAUCAAAGUUGCAAGCCGUCCAGAUCUGUGUGUGACCCAUUUUGGAGCAGUGGCAGAAAUAGGCCAAAGCCGAAUCAUCUUGGCAGAGUGCAAUGUGCUUGGAGGAUUCCGUGGUCGGGGUUGGAUUGCUGAAGACCCCUGCAUCCAUCCUCCCUUUUGCCAACCUGCGACUCUGCCAUCCUCAAACUUUCCCUAG